CAAAGAGGUUAUAUUGUUUAUAAAUGAUCUUCCUUAUUUAAUUUAUAUUUAAAUAAAAUAAUAACAAUUAACACAAAACUUGAAAAUAAACAAUAAAAUGUUUUCGACAAUUAGACAUACUUCAAGGUUGAUAAUUCAACGAAAAUUCCAACCAACACGUUCUGUUUAUGUAGAAAAAGAAAAACCUGGAGCAAAUAUACCACUUCCAGUAUUUCAGUAUCCAAUAAGUCGUCCUGGUGAUAGAAGAGUUUACGUAUGGGGAUUAGCUGAUCAUGGUGGUCUUGGAACCUUAGGAAAAGUUAAAAAAUCAUCUGAUGAUUUUAAUUAUAUACCAAAACCAAGUCGUUUAUGGUUUGGUGAAAAUCAUAAAGUAACUCAUAUUGCAUGUGGUUAUGGUUUUACUGUAUUUGGAGUUGAUGAUGGUAAUAAUGAUAAAAAUAUUGUUUAUGGAAAUGGAAUAAAUACAGAUUCACAACUUGGCUUUGAUGAUAAAGAUUUAAAACAUUAUAAAAAUGAUAUUAUACCUGUUUCACGACCAAUACCAUUACCAUUAAAAAAUACAAAUACAAAAGUAAUUAGUAUAGCUGCUGGAAGAGCACAUCUUUUAAUAUUAACAACUGAAGGAUUAUUUACACUUGGUAAUAAUGGAUAUGGACAAUGUGGUAGACCAAUUAUACAAAAUGAAGAUUAUAAUCAUAGUCAUGUUAUUCAUCAUAUACCAGAUAUUAAAGGAACAAAAAUAACUAAAGUUUUUGCUGGUCAAGAUCACAGUAUGUUAUUAAAUGAAAAUGGAGAAGUGUACUCAUUUGGUUGGGGAGCUGAUGGACAAACUGGACUUGCACAUUAUAAAAAUGAAUACGUACCAAGUUUAGUAAAAGGAGAUUUAUCUGGUGAAAGAAUUAUCAAAGUUGCAUGUGCUGCUGACUGUGUUCUUGCUCUUAGUGAAAAAGGUAAAGUUUAUGGCUGGGGAAAUGCUGAAUAUGGCCAACUACCAGUUCAAGGUGAUAAUCGUCAAAUAAAUAUUGCCACUGAGAUUGAAGACUGUGCUGAUCUUGGUCAUGUUGUUGAUAUUGCUUCUGGAGGAAGUUAUUGCAUGAUGCUAACAAAGGAAGGUGAUGUUUAUGUUUGGGGAUUUGGUAUAUUAGGACUUGGUCCAAAAGUUGACAAAAUAACAGUUCCAACUAAAAUACCAAAUACACUUUUUGGAAAAAAUCCUUAUCAACCAAAUGUCAAGGUUGCACAAAUUUAUAGUGGAAUGAAUUCAAUGGCAGCUGUUACAAGCUCAGGUGAUCUUUAUGCUUGGGGAAAUAAUAAAUUUGGAAAUUUAGGAAUUGGCUCAUGUUUAGAUCAAUUUUUUCCUCUUAAAGUUGCAGUAGGAGCUCAAGUUCAAAAUGUUGCUUAUGGACCAGAUCACACAGUGACAAUUUGCAAACCAUUUAUAUAA